AUGGGCAACACGUGCUACUUCAACUCCGUCAUGCAGAGCCUCAUCCGCACCCGCCCGCUCCUUGCUCGCCUUCUCCAGCUCGACCCUUCCUCCUGCUCCCCGCUCGCGGAUGGGUCGAUGCCCUUGCACGAGGCCCUGCUGGACUUCCUGAGAGCUGCGGGGGCGGCAGGCGGGAAGGAGGUGAUGAAGCCUGGGGAGCUCUUCGGAGAGAUUGUGCGACAAUGUCCGAGAUUCAAGGGAUGUAGGCAGCACGAUGCGCUCGAGCUGCUGUGGACGAUCAUCGACCUGCUGAGGGCGGAGCAGAGGACGAUGAACAAGAGCGAGGAGGCGAAGGAGGAGGGGGGGGCAAGCGGAGACAUGAAGGGGAAGAAGAAGAAAACACUGAUUGAGGACGUGUUUGGGGGGCGAAGCAGGAGCAGCAUACUCUGCAGAAACUGCAAGUUCGAGUCAGUCGUGAUGGAACCUUUCGUUGACCUGUCCCUGCCGCUCCCAGAGCGGCUGUUGAGCAGGACGGAGGGCCCGAAGAGCGAGGCAUCUCAAGCUGCGGUGGACGCGAGAUCGCGCAAGCAGAAGAGAGAAGCUGGCAAGAAGGAGAAGCAGCAGGUGCAGAAGAAGCAGGGAGGAGGGGAGGAGGCAGAGGAAGCGAAGCAGGGGAAGGGAGGGAAGAAGGUGAACAAAGUUUCCAAGAAGGAGAAACAGCUGCAGAAACAGAAGAAACGAGAGGAGAUCAAGCAAGAUGACGAGGAGAAGGAAGAGGACGAGGAGGGGAAUAAGGAGGAGGAAGCAAGCGGUCAUCUCGACGAAGAGGCGAUGGCUCAACGAAGGAACGAGGACGAGCAACAGAGUACGGAUGGGACAGAGCGACCACACGAUGAAGAGGAGGCAGUUGCGGACAAGGGGCUAGAAGACAACAAGGAGGAGGAGGAGGAGGAGGAGGAGGAGGAGGAUAAAAAGGGCAAGAAGAGAGGAAAGCAGAAAGACAAAGGGAAAGGAAAGAAAUCGAGAGACGGCAUGCAGGCGAAUCGAGGAAAGAAGGAGAAGGAGGAGAAGCACGAGGAGGAGGAUACUACUGCGGAGCCAGCGACUUUAUCGUCGACUCCUGGUGGAAAUGAAAAACUCUCAACACUGGAAACUUGUCUAUCCGAAUACUUCAAGGUGAUAAAGAGAAGGGAGAUGACAGUGGGGGCGAUAAGAGCUGCUGCUGCUGCUGCUGCUGCUGCUGUUGAUGAUGAUGAUGAUGAUGAUGAUGAUGAUGAUGAUGAUGAUGAUGAUGAUGAUGAUGAUGAUGAUGAUGAUGAUGAUGAUGAUGAUGAUGAUGAUGAUGAUGAUAUUGAGACACUGGACGGGGAGAACAUGUAUGCGUGUGAGAAGUGCUCGGAGAAGCUACAGGAGAAGGGAAGGAAAUCGAUUGAGAGCGCGAGGAGGAUGAAGGAGCUCAACGAUGAGGAGGACGAGGACGAAGACGAGGACGAAGAACCAACCGGAGGAAGCUUCGGGGCAGAGAUGCAUUGCCCUGCAUACAAGCAGGUCGGCGAUCACAUCGACUUCGCCCUCUCGCUCGACAUGUCGAGCUUCUGCCAUCAAGACUCCCCAGCUCUGCAGCAGGCAGACAAGCCGAUCUACCGCCUCUACGCCAUAGUCGAGCAUCACGGCAGCAUGACGUCAGGACACUAUGUCGCCUACGUCCGUGCAGGAAGAGCAGGAGGAGGAGCAGAGGAGGAGGAGGAAGAGGAGGAGGAGGAGGGUCAGGUGCCGUGGUAUCACAUUAGCGACGCCUCAGUCAAGCAGGUGACUGAAGCCAAAGUGAUGACGUGUCAGGCGUACAUCUUGUUCUACCAGAGAUGCAACAAGAGCAGGAUAGGGGAUCAAACUUAA